AUGAUCUCUUGGCAUUACAAAGAAGAAGUCCACCGCAAACAUUCAUCGGUACCAAUGGUCCGGUCCUACAGCCCGAUGUGUACCCUGGCCUCCUCAAUGUGCCUUAGCGAGGUGGAGGAGUCCUGUGCAGCCGCUCUCCCAUUCCGUACACCCAAAAGGGGCCGAGCAUCCUUAAUGGCCCCCAAUAGUCAUGUUUCCCCAAUAGUGGGUUCUUACAGAUUCCUUCCAUCAAGAAGUCCCACCGCAAACAUUCAUCGGUACCAAUGGUCCGGUCCUACAGCCCGAUGUGUACCCUGGCCUCCUCAAUGUGCCUUAGCGAGGUGGAGGAGUCCUGUGCAGCCGCUCUCCCAUUCCGUACACCCAAAAGGGGCCGAGCAUCCUUAA